AAUGAAAACAACCAAUAUGGCUGCGCCCUGCAUGUUCAUACGGACUGAUACGCUUGAUCAUUUUGAUUAAACUUGAUCGCUGAUUUUGUUUUGUAGUCACCAAGACAAUUAAAUGUUUUUUGUUUCUUUAGGAAACCGGUGCUAUUAAUACGUAAUUUCUAGGAAACCAUCAAUACAGAACCAAAAAAGAGACCCGGCAAAUCUACAUGCCCUCAUAUUCAGUUUUUUUUAAGCGUACAGUUGGAAGUGUUGCAAACCCUGUGAAAAUACUACACAGUGAUUUCUGUUUGCAAAUGAUUUUGGGUUAAACACAGGUUUUAUGGUGCUUCUGUGGAAAUGGUUGACUUUAUUGAAGUGCUCUGUCAUACAAACAAUUCAGAUCCUUUCCCAAUCUGGAAAAAUGGAACUAUAAGUCCGUGUUUUAACCAGCUUAUCCUGAAUUGCAUAUCACAUUCUCUUCUUGCUCUCUCCAGUGCAUGUUACUUGAGUACACCAAGAUGCAGACCUCUCUGUUCUCCUACCUUUUGCGGAUGGGGCUGCAGGACAUUUGUCUCAUUUUUGAUGGCAGCCCUGUUUGUAUGCGAUGUGGUUAUAGUGGCUCUCCUUUCUCCAGUGACGAUGUACCUUGACAUUUUGGCUGAUGGCUCUGCUAUUAUUGCGUGGUUUGUACAUUUUGGGGUGCUAGUGGUUUUGCAGAAAUCUGUUUACAGUGCUACUAGGGGUCCCCUCACAUUACUAAUUCUUGCCAUCAUGCCGCUGUUUGCACUCAGCAUCUCCAUGAUUGCCUACUGCAAGGAUCCCAUGUAUGUUGACCUCUCCCAUCCCCUUAGGUUUACACGCCUAGUUCUGUUAGCUGCUCAGCUCUUCCUUCUGUUUUUAUAUUUAUUUGCGUUUGCCAUCCCUCCUAAAGGGGAACAUACAGAUCAGCUGUCAGUUAAUGAUUCUGAUAGGGCGCCUCUCAUUCCUGGAGAAGUUCAGAUCGACCAGUAUGGUCAGAUUAUAGGAGAAGAUGGCUGCAGUUGGGUGUCCCGGAUCUUUUAUUUCUGGUUGAAUCCUCUGAUGAAGCGUGGUCAGCUAAAGGAAAUAGAGAGACCUUCGGAUGUCUACCAGUUACCCCGUUACCUGCAGACCAGAGUCAUCUGCCAGAACUUUAACCGUUGUUGGAAUCAAUCCCGGCAGGAAAUGUACGUAGAUGAAGGGCAGAUGAAGAGGCAGAGGAAGCCGAUGACGAGGAGCCUAGCAGACAUUCAUGACGACCAUUGUAAGGAAAGGACAGACCUUUGUGAUGACUCUGAAGUCACACUUUUGCAUGUUCUGCACAAGGCGUUCGGGACGAAGUAUUACUUGCUAGGGCUGCUGAAGCUGGUUGGGAAUAUCCUGAGUUUUGCAGGACCACUGCUCCUCAGCAGCUUGGUGGGCUUCAUGGAGACAAGUCAGGCACCGAUUAGCCAAGGGCUGUGGUGCUCCCUGGGCCUCUUAACCAGCACCCUGCUUUCCGCUGUCUUUCGUAAUAUUUUUUCUUUCGAAGUGUCAAAGGUGUCACUUUCUGCCCGUGCUGCCGUCAUAUCAACUAUUUAUCGGAAAGCCUUGCGGGUGAGCAGUUCUACACUAGCCCAUUUCACUCUGGGGGAAAUUGUCAACUUCAUGAGCACAGACACGGAUCGCUUAAUCAACUUCUUAAACAAUUUUCAUGAUAUUUGGAAUCUGCCUCUGCAGUUUGCAAUCACCCUGUACCUCUUCUACCUGCAAGUGGGGCUGGCCUUCCUUGCAGGAUUAGGUUUUGCAGUGCUGCUUGUACCAGUUAAUAAGGUCCUUGCCACCUGUAUCAUGAAGAACAACAAGUACAUGCUGAAAUACAAAGAUAGCCGUGUUAAGCUCAUGACGGAACUUCUGCUUGGGAUGAGAGUCAUCAAGUUCUACACUUGGGAGUUUCACUUCUCCCGUAAAAUUGCAGAUUACCGCAAACAGGAGCUGUCCCAUCUCAAGGCCAUUAAAUACCUAGAUGCUGUCUGCGUUUAUACCUGGGCAGCCCUACCUGUGGUAAUCUCCAUCCUCACCUUUGUCACUUACGUGCUGCUAGGCAAUGAACUCACUGCAGCUAAGGUUUUCACAACACUUGCUCUAGUAGGCAUGCUUAUUUUGCCUCUAAACAACUUUCCUUGGAUACUGAACAGUACUGUUGAAGCCAAGGUGUCAUUAGAUCGUAUCCAGCGCUUCCUAAGGCUUUGUGAUCAAGACCUGGAUGUCUAUUACUCUUCUGAUGCACCUGAGGAUCCCCAAACUGCUGUCCAAAUGAAAAACUGCACCUUUUCCUGGCAUGACUCUGAAUUUAGGGACCUUCCCAAUUACAUUGGAACAAGAGGAUCAUCCCCAAAUAGCAAUCAGUUGCUUCAGAGUAUCAACAUCACUAUAAAAAAGGGCUCCCUUGUCGCUGUGGUAGGGAAAGUCGGCUGUGGAAAGAGCACACUCUUAGCUGCCAUCGUGGGGGAGCUCACCCGGUGUGGGGGUGCGGUAUAUGUUGAAGGACGAGAAAAUGGCUUUGCCAUAGCUGCUCAGGAGCCAUGGAUUCAGCACGGAUCAGUACGUGACAACAUCUUGUUUGGCAAGGAAUUCCGCAGCCGUUUGUACCAAGCUGUGCUGGAGGCCUGUGCACUUAGCGAAGAUCUCAGUAUUUUGCCCAGUGGGGACCUGACUGAGGUGGGGGAGAAUGGAGUGACACUCAGUGGGGGGCAGAAGGCACGGCUGGCGCUGGCUAGGGCCAUAUACAUGGAAAAGGACAUUUACCUUCUCGAUGAUCCUCUGGCUGCGGUGGAUGCUGAUGUAGCAAAACACCUCUUGGAAAAAUGCAUCCUGGGAAUCUUAAAGCACAAGACAAGAAUCAUUUGUACGCACCGCAUCGAGUUUCUGCACAAAGCGGAUGCUGUCGUGUUGAUGGAUAAUGGCACAGUUGUUAAAAUAGGUAGCCCAGAGGAAAUUCUCCCUUUGGUGGAAGCUGUACCUAAGGACUGGAAUAAAAGCGUCAACAAGAAGCAGAAAGAUGAGCUGGAAUUGGAGCAGCAGCAGGUGCUGGAGGAGUCCCCUGAACAGAGCCCUCUCAUCCAUUCCAUGGUGGAUGAGGAGCAGAAGCAGACGGGUGUGGUCACGUGGAAGGUGUACCAUUCGUACUGGCUGGCUAUCGGUGGCUGCCUGGCGUUUCUGAUCGUCUUUUUCCUAUUCCUCAUGCAAGCAUCGAAAAAUGUAUCAGACUGGUGGCUGGCCCACUGGAUAUCCAGUCUGAAGAACAGCAGUGCAGCUUCCCACAACUCCAUGUUCCUCAGCAGCUUCUCACCCAGUUUGGCCGCCUCACCGCGGAUGAUGUACACAGCAAUCAUCACUGACCCUUCUGCUCAUGCCAACAUUACCGGCGAGCUGAGAUUCUACCUGACUGUGUAUGUGUCUAUAGCAGCUGCUAACUCAGUCUUCACUGUAAUCCGAGCGUUCGUCUUUGCCUAUGGGACCAUCCGUGCCGCCACAGUCAUUCACACUCGGCUGCUGGACCGAGUGCUGAAGUCCACUGUGACCUUUUUUGACUCCACUCCACUUGGCCGUAUCAUCAACCGCUUCUCUUCUGACUUGUACAGUGUGGAUGACACACUGCCCUUUAUCCUCAACAUCCUCCUUGCGAACAUCUUUGGCCUGCUUGGCAUGCUGGUCAUGAUCAGCUAUGGCCUGCCGUGGAUCCUGCUGCUGCUCUUGCCGUUAGCUGCUCUUUAUUAUAAAAUCCAGAACUUCUACCGGCACACGUCCCGCGAGCUGAAGCGUCUUUACAGCAUCACCCUUUCACCCAUCUACUCCCACUUCUCUGAGACCCUAACAGGACUGUGCACCAUCCGGGCAAGCGGCAGCACUUACAGGUUUCAAGAGGAGAAUGCGAAUCGUUUGGAAAUGAACCAGAGGUGUCUGUUUGCUAGUAAUGCAGCUAUGCAGUGGCUGGACAUCCGGCUGCAAAUGAUUGGAGUCUUGGUGGUGACGGGUCUUAGUGUGAUUGCAAUCAUCCAGCACCAAAUGAAAUCUGUUGACUCGGGUCUGGUGGGCCUUUCGUUGUCCUAUGCCCUGUCCAUCACAGGCUUACUGUCAGGGCUCAUCGCCAGCUUUACGCAGGUGGAAACGCAGAUGGUUAGUGUGGAGAGGACUGAGGAGUACUCCACCAGUACCCCCAUGGAGCCUCAGCAGGGCGGUCUGGAGGUGCCCCCCUCGUGGCCAGAGCAUGGGCAGGUGGAGUUUAGACAGGUGGUGCUCGUGUACCGUCCUGGUCUACCCAAUGCUUUGGAUAGGUUAACCGUAGUGAUCCAGCCUGGGGAAAAAGUGGGCGUGGUCGGCCGAACAGGAUCCGGGAAAUCCUCGAUGUUCCUCGCUCUUUUCCGCAUGAUGGAGCUCAGCGGUGGGCAGAUUCUGGUCGAUGGUGUGGACAUCAGCCACGUAGGCCUGCGACAGCUACGGUCGCAGCUAGCCAUCAUUCCCCAGGACCCAUUUUUAUUCAGUGGAACUGUGCGAGAAAAUCUCGACCCUUGUGGCCGCCACUCUGAGGCUGAGCUCAUAGAUGUGCUGGAACAGUGUCACCUCCUCCAGGCAGUGGAGAGAAUGGGGGGGCUGGACACAGAGGUUGGAGAGAAAGGGAAGUCUCUGUCGCUGGGACAAAGGCAGCUGCUGUGUCUGGCUCGUGCCUUACUGACCCAGGCUAAGGUAUUAUGCAUUGAUGAAGCCACAGCCAGUGUUGACCAGAAGACUGAUAAGUUGCUGCAGCAAACUAUCAGGCUGAAGUUUAAAGACAGAACUGUUCUCACCAUUGCUCAUAGAAUCAACACCAUCUUGGACUCUGAUAAGGUUCUAGUAAUUCAUGCUGGAAAGGCAGUGGAGUUUGACACCCCAGAUGCUCUUUGCCAUAGAGAAGAUUCAUUUUUAAACAGGCUAAUUCAUGUUCAGCCUGAAUGACAGCACAACGAAGAUUGGGACCAGGCCUGCAGGUCUUUUCUACAGUCAUAUACUUGUUUUUCUAUCUUGUAAAUAAUCACAAAUAAUAUUGCAAUAUCUGACCCGGCAUGUAAACUGAUUAUUAUUUAUCAUUCAUUAUCAGUACACCACUUUAAUUGACUGUGUUUUUUUAUUCUGUUAUGUUUAAUGAAUUUCUUCUUUGGGAGAACAGAUGAAGCAAACUGGUAUAUACUGAUUGGCCACUUUAUUAGGUACACCUGGCUACUACUGUUACAGUUUAACAAAUCUGAUGUAAUUAUUUGUAUACUGUGUUGUAAAAAGAAAUAGUCUUGUAGGUUAUUUGGAAUGUAAUGAAGUCAAAAUGAUGUUAUACAGCCCCUGUUAAACAGAAAAUUGAUUUAAGAACACAGAAUAAAAUCCGUCGCUGCUG